AGAAGAAGAAGAUCUGAGUCCGCAGUGUUUUAUAGAGAAACAGGAUCUGAUCUGCUGCAGAAUGGAAUGACCUCCAAUCCCAAAGCUUCUGCUGCUUCGGGUCCAAUUGUCUUCUUUUCCUUCCCCAAGUACCUCAAGAAACACCACAAAAAAGGAACUCACAAUGUUGUCAUCAGAAGAAAUCAAAUGUGAGGAUGAACUUUUGAACAGUUCCAUCACUCAAGAGGAAUAUUUUCAGGGUAAUUUUUCUCCAAAAGAGGAAACUCAGAACCUUCCAGAAAAAGGGACGUCUCACCACUGCCCAGACUGUGGGAAGGGUUUUACGAAACAGAGCGAUCUUCAAAAACACCAGCGCAUUCACACUGGAGAGAAACCAUUUCAGUGCCCAGAGUGUGGGAUGAGUUUUAGAGAGAGUGGUACCCUGAAAACACAUCGACGCAUUCACACUGGAGAGAAACCGUAUCAGUGUUCAGAAUGUGGAAAAGGUUUUAGAGAAAGUGGUAACCUCAGAAAACACAUGCGCAUUCACACUGGAGAGAAACCGUAUUGUUGCUCAGAGUGCGGAAUGAGUUUUAGAGAAAGUGGUACCCUCAAAACCCACCAGCGCAUUCACACUGGAGAGAAACCGUAUUACUGCUCAGAUUGUGGAAUGAAUUUUAGAGAGAGCAGUAACUUUAAAGCACACCAGCGCAUUCACACUGGAGAGAAACCGUAUCAGUGCUCAGAGUGUGAGAUGAGUUUUAGAAAAAGUGAUAGCCUCAAAAAACACCAGCUGAUUCACACUGGAGAAAAACCAUAUUACUGUUCAGAUUGUGGGAUGAGAUUCAGAGUGAGUUGUACCCUCAAAACACACCAGCGCAUUCACACUGUAGAGAAACCGUAUCACUGCUCUGAUUGUUGGAAAAGCUUUAAUCAAGAAGUUGAUCUUCAAAAACACCAGCGCGUUCACACUGGAGAAAAACUGCAUCAGUGCUCAGACUGCGGGAAGAGUUUUAGUCAAGAGAGUGCUCUUCAAACUCACCGGCGCAUUCACACUGGAGAGAAACCGUAUCGCUGUUCUGAGUGUGGGAUCAGUUUUAGGAGAAGUGAUUCCCUCAAAAAACAUAUGCAAAUUCACACUGGAGAGAAGCUGUAUCCGUGUUCAGACUGUGGGAAGAGUUUUGAUCAGGAGAGUACGCUUAAAAGACACCGGCGCAUUCACACUGGAGAGAGACCCUAUUACUGCUCAGACUGCGGGAAGAGUUUUAAUCAAGACAGUGCUCUGAAAAGACACCAGAAAAUUCAUAGUGGAGAGAAACCGUAUCAGUGCUCAGAGUGUGGAAAGGGUUUUAAUCAGCUUAGUAAUCUCAAAAGGCAUCAGCACGUUCACACUGAAAAUCUAAAGUAGAUGUUUGGACUCGUUGAAGUAUGACUGUUCUUUUAUAAGAUGCUGUUAAUUAGGCUCUGUUCACAUUACCAGGCUAAAGUGGUUCAGAUCUGAUUUUUUCAUGACUGUGUGAACGUGCCAAUUCUGAUUUUUUCAAAUCCGCUUCGAGUUACUUUCAUAUGUGGUCCUAAAUCACAUACGUAUCCGAUCCAUAGACAUGCGACAUGAAUGUGAACAGUCAAAUCUGAAUUCAUGCGUCUUUUUGCUUUUAUGUUGUCAAAACUAAAUAUUGUCAUUUAAAGUAUUUAUAUGCAGAAAAUGAGAAAUGGCUGAAAUUUUUUCAUGCAUCUUGGCAUCAUGUUCUCCUCCACCAGUCUUACACACUGCUUUUGGAUAACUUUAUGCUGCUUUACUGCUGGUGCAAAAAUUCAAGCAGUUCAGUUUGGUUUGAUUGCGUGUGAUCAUCCAUCUUUUAAUCUACAUUUUGUUAGUUAGCUAGCUAGCUUACCUCAUUAGGAAUUAUUAGUCUUUUUAAUAAUAAUGCCCUGUAGCAAAAUAUAUACGUUAUGUAUUGUUGAUUAUUGACUAAUUAUUAUCUAAAUAACUUUAUGGCAAUUAAAAGGGUUUAAUUGUGCAUGUUCAUUGAAUUUUCAGUUUUGCUACUACUAAUUAUUUGUAUUCAACGUAUAAAUAGGUGAA